AUGUCCGAGGCGGAGGAGAAGAAGCCGGACACGACGACGCAGAUGAGCAUCUCGCUCAUGGACCAGAACGGGAAUACGCUCCAGUUCAAAGUCAAGCCGCACACGCGCUUCGAGAAGAUGUUCUCGAAGUUCGCGGAGCACUUUUCCCUCGACAUGAGUACUCUGGCCUUCGGGUUCGACGGCCAGCGGAUCCAGUCGAACGAGACGCCGCAGGACUACGACAUGGAGGACGGCGACAAGAUCGACGUCAACGUCCACCAGGUCGGCGGCUCGGGCGACGCCCCGGACCAGAAGCCCAACGUCGACCAGAAGCCCAACGUGGGCAGCGACGAACAGAUCACCAUCAAGCUCCACAGCCAGUCCGGCGGGGAGAUCUCGUUCAAGGUGAAGAAGUCGACGCGGUUCGAGAAGAUUUUCCGCAAGUACGCGGAGCACACGGGGCUGGACAGCAAGGUGGUGAAGUUCAUGUUCGAGGGGAACCGCGUGGGGCCGGAGGACACCCCCUCGGGCCUGGACAUGGAGGACGACGACCAGGUCGACGUCAUGAUGGAGCAGGUCGGCGGCCGGUGGUGA